AGAGAGGUAGGAAGGCUUAUUAGUUGAAGAGAACUCCACCUUCGAUAGUUCUCACAUUUAUUAUUAAUGGUUUUGCUGACGACAUUCGUGUACUUCAUAUGAACGACACACGAUAACUGUUCAUAUAUCUAACAUAUUGUAGUCGUAAUGUAUGAAAACCUGGGAAAACAUCAAGUUGAAAAUAACGUAAACAUUAUUAUCCACUGACAACACGUUUGCUUGGCGUGUUCGGUUUCACCGCACUGAGCAUGCGCAGCAAACUUUGACCCGUGACCUCCGCUGGUUGGUUGAGGUUAUAUUGACUGGUCAUUUUCCCAUGGUUUCCUUUUAAGUGAUACGAUACUUUUUCAGGAGAGGGGGGAACGAGAAACUUUGUUAUGUGUAUAUUGAUGAGAGGCAGAAAGAGGGAAGGAAAGCUUUUUUUUAUUUCCUGUUAUGUUUUGACAACAAAACUCUAACAUUUAGCGAUUAUCCCACACCUUCAACUUAAUCACACAUAUCGACACACAUACGCCCGCACAUUUCAUCCGCUUAUAUGUCUCGGCUGUGUUGUUAUUUUCAUCAACUUGACGAUUCGUCUUCAAAUGCAGGUUGUCGAGACAAUCAAAAGAAGGUGGCCAUGCGCAUCACCUUGCUAAAAUCGGUACAGACAAUUAUUUAUGUUGCUUGUUUUCUUUUCUUGAAUUUUGUAUAUUUCGAUUAUUUUAUGCCCAAAUGGCCAAAACAUCCACCGAAGCAGGACCUGUUGAGUGCUGACCAUAAGUUUAAAAAAUCAGCAUCGAACAACAUUGGGAAGAAGAUUUUAGUUGAUUACGAUGUACAGCCUAACAGCCAACAUGUUUUACGAGAAAAUGUUAUAAUCGUGGCCGGUCGCCUGUUAGAAAUUGAUAAUGCGGAAAAUAAAGGAGGGGACCAAGUACAAGUGAAAAACUUUUGGAGAUUUAAUCAACCUGUUGAUUCCGGAGACACGCGCUCUCUUUUAGAUCUUCAGACUAAAAGAAAACGUCGAAAUGCCAAUGUAAUUUACAUUGAAUCCCCACUUGUUGCAAUUUUGUCUGGGAAGUAUUCUAACCAAGGAACUAAUUUAGAACCUGUUCAGCAACGGAAAGUUGGAACCCCAAAAUCCGACAGCAGUGGCGAGAAAUCUAAAGUCGAUAAUCAAAGUGUAUUCAAAGAGAAAUUAUACCCCAGUAAUCUCAAAACAGUUUUGAAAGUGCCAGACCCGGAACAAUCCAAUAGUAAAAGCAGUUCGCUGUUGAAAAGACUACAGUCAUCAUCAUCUUCAAGUUUAACUACAUCGCAAUCUAAGCUUUCGGCACUUCGGUUUAAUCUAAACAGUAGACCUACAACAUUAAACGAUAUUUUUAUUAGUGUUAAAACAACGGAAAAAUUCCACGAAAGUCGACUGAAGAUUGUCUUAGACACCUGGUUUCAAUACGCUAAGGAACAGGUAAAUAUAAAUUUAACUUUAUUAUUACACGGUUCUUUACCUUAAGGUUUUCUUAGAGGUGUGCUGAGGACAGACUUAAUCCCGCUUAAAGUUCAGAAAAUUUUAAUAUUUUUGAUUGAUUUAUGACCAUUAUAAUAUUUCGAAUUAUUAACGUAUUAAAGAAAAUGUUCCCCUCCCCCAUUCAUUUAGGUACCCGAUAAUGCCAUUUGGAACUCAUUUUUAGAAAGUAUUUUUAUAGUGAAAUAUAAAGAAUAUCAAACAUCUUAAGCUUAUGAAAAACAAGUUUUACAAUCAGUUACAUGAAACCUCUACUCGAAUACAAGUUUUUGUGAAACUUAAAAUUUCUGUCAGCAAAAAAACUAAUGACAUUUAAAAAUUUUAAGCUCGUUGCUAAUUACCGGUAAUUUUUUUGUAACACACCUACUUGGCAAAUUAUAUAUGUAAAGUUUAUUUAUAAUUGAUAAGUUUAAAAGAAAAAAAAAAAGGAAAAAUCAUGUAAAUAAAUGGUCGUCAUGUAUGUAUGCAUGAAUGUAUAUAUAGAUAGUUAUGUGUCCGCUACAUAUGUAUAAUUGUGCAUGAAUUUAUGUACUUGCUUAAAUGCCUGUUGCACAUACUGAUAUUUUCUUAAAAAGUGAAUUGUGUUCGCCGUAUAUGUUGACACAUAUCUUCGCCUGUUUGUUUGUACUCACACACAAUCUACCUAUCUAUCUAACUAUCUAUCUAUCUGUGUUAUACACAUACACACACAAACAAACAUGUUUGUGUGUGUAUGUAAUUGUCUCUUUACAUGUGCAUACAUGUUUAUUUGCGAUCACACAUCAGUUUAGUAUUUAUUUUGUGAUUUUCUCCAGUCAAACUCAACCAAACAUUUAAGUUACACUAAUCGAAUUUGUGUGCAAAGUCGUAUAGGAACAGUGCUUGUGGAUAUUCGGGUUCUUUUGGGAGUAGCUAACGAGCGAAUCAUAUGUCAAAUAAACUGCGAAUUUUCGUCGCGGAAAUUUUAUGUGUACCCAUUUGUAAAAACAGUGGGAAAAUGAUUUUAGUCGUCGAAUUUUAUGCCCCGUUCAUACUUUACCUACAGACAUUAGUGGUAUACAUACAGUGAUGUGGGGGUAAUCGAAUCUCGUUUGAAAACUUGAUUUCCGGGACGUGUGAUUUGAACUUAAUUUGUGUUGUCCUGAGCUGUUUUGUUUAAGGUGACUAUCUCGCAUAGCUUUCAACCUACUUAUCUACCCCCCGCUGAUCUUAGCCGUUUAAACUUAUAUCUCCCUUUAAGAAUUGCUGUUCAUAUUUGUUUUCCGGUUUGAUCAGUACGCUAAUUCUUUUUUCAAAAACCCCAUAAACUGAAUAUAAGAUCAACCAGGAAAACUUAAGGCAUGGCCCUUGCCUAUCUUCGGCCUGUUUUCUCUAAAUAAAGGUUAAUCCUAUUUUCUUUAUUGCCUUAUGUCAGAAUUUUAAAAUUUCAUUUACAAACAUACAAAUCAAGAGGGUAGGAGUAAAUUAAAGCAUUUUUCUCUGUACACGAUCCUUUUUCAGUUUUGGUUCAGUGUAGGCAAGCUGUUUUGUGUUUUGUCAGUCCUGAUCCCACUAGAUCCGGCUAUGACUGCCCUAUUUCAUUUCCAGACACUGUAUCUAUGUCUAUAUUGCUCAAUGUGUUAGAUUGUGGUUUGACUGAGUGUUGGCUGUUAUUUCUAAGACACACAUAUACAUAAUUAUUCAAAUAUAACUAUCGAUAUAGGUUUAUGUGAUGGAUUAACUGCUUAAUGCUCUAAGCAGAGCUAAAAUAAGUUUAAUACACAUGCAAGAAGCAUUAGGAAGUACGAAUAUAAAAAAUAAGCAUCCAUAUAAUAUAUAUAUAUAAAGAUAAAUAGGGCCGGUCUAUUGGAUUAUCCGGGUUUCACGUCCAGAAAGCGCUUAGAUUUACAGCGUAUCAGCACACCCGUGUGUGUGUGUGCGCGUGUGUUUGCGUCCCUGUAUGGCACGUUCCUCUUUUCUGUGUAGAGAAUUAGACAGGUUUAGAUGUCUUAUCACAUUCUUAUCGGUUUUAGUUAAGGUAUGGUUCUGGGAUAUCUGAACAAUAAGAUUUACAAAUAGGUACUUGUGUUCCCGCAUGUACACAAGCUACAUACACUGAUACUAAAAUAUCUCGGUCAUGUGUAUGGCCAUUUUCAUGACGAAUUUUACAGAAUGUUGUAUAAGAAUAUCUUCGUAAAUUUGUCUUCAUAUAUUAGGGCAUAUAUCGUCAUCCAAUCAAAAUAUUCCUUUAUUCUGCUCCCGCUCCUUUUUUUAUUUAUUUAUUUUUUUUAUUUGAAAGCAGUGGGCUCGGUUUUGGGGGUAGAGUUUUCACAUAAACACAAGUUCCGUGUUGACAUCUACAUAGUUGAUUUUCUCCUAAUUCGGACGCAGAUCAUAAAAGGAUGUAACUAAAUACCGCGAUUUUGCCAUCCAUUAACCACUGUUUCUUAAUAAUAAUAAUGGUUUCAAAUUUUGGCACAAGGCCAACAAUUUCAGGGGGAGGGGAUAAGUCGAUUACAUUGACUCCAAUAAUCAACUGGCACUUAUUUUAUCGAUUCCAAAAGGAUGACAGGCAAAGUGAACCUCGGCGGAAUUUCAACUCGGAACGCAAAAACGAACGAAAUGCCGCUAAGCAUUUAGCUCGGUGUGCUAGCGAUUCUGCCUUUUCGCUACCUGAAUAAUGAUAAUAAUGGUUUCAAAUUUUGGCACAAGGCCAAUAAUUUCGGGGGAGAGGGUAAAUCAAUUACAUUCGAUUUAGUGCUCAACUGGUACUUAUUUUAUCAUGCCUGAAAGGUUGAAAGGCAACGUCGACCUCGGCGGAAUUUGAACACAGACCGUAAGGACGGACGAAAUAUCGCUUAGCAGUUUGCCCGGCGUGCUAAUAAUUCUACCUGCUCGCCGCCUUAAGGCCAGCAAUUUUUUGGGGAAAGGGGUUAGUAGAUUACAUUAACUCCCCACCCUCUCCAAAAAAGCGGUGGGUUGGCAGAACCUUUGCUCAAGGACGGCGAUUUUGAGGAGAGGGCUCAAUUCAUGCCAUCGACUACUAUUAGUACUAGUCGAUCAGCGUGUAAAGAUAUGAAACAAAUACCACAACGCAUUUUGUCCGACGCUCUAUCGAUUUUACUAGCUUGCCGUCUUUGGUUUGUGAUGUAGGUAAUACAACGCUCGGCAGUUUUGAAGGGACGCGAUUAGUCGAUUACAUUGACCCCAGUACUUGACUGGGACUUUAUUUUAUCGACUUAGAAAAGCUGAAAGGCCAAGUUGACCUAAGUGGUAUUUGACCCCAGAGCCAGAAAAAAAAUUCCAAUGCAUUUUUACAGACGCUCUAACGAUUCUGCCUUCUCGCCGCCAUUUAAAAUAAUAUUUACAAUCCUUUCCACUAUAGGCACAAGACCUGAAAUUUUGGGAGGAUAAUUGAUUUAGUAUUCAAUUGAUAUUCGUUUUAUCGAUUCUGAAAAGAUGAAAGGCAAAGUGGAUCUUGGUGGAAUUUGAAUUCAGAACGUAAAGACGGACGAAAUGCCACUGAGCGUUUUGCUGGCGCGGUAAAGAUUCUGCUAGCUCGCCGUCUUAACGGUUUCAAAUAUUGAUUUCAAAUUUGGAAGAGGGGGUAAGUCGAUUUCAUCGAUGCCAGUCAUCAAAUGGUACUUAUUUUAUCGACUCCGAAAGAUGAAAGGCCAAGUCGACAUUGAUAAAAUUUGAACUCAGAACAUAAAGAUGAAUCAAAUGCCGCUAAGCAUUUUUUGCUCGGCGUUCUAACGAUUCUGCCAGCUCGCCGCCUUAACGAUUUCGAAAUAUUAAUAAUGGAAAUUAUAUAUUUUUAAUUGUUUUGUUUCGAUGAUAUGUAAGGAAAAAAUUUUUUCUGUGAAAUUUAUUUAAUUAUUGGAAGCAAAAUUAUAGACACAUAAAUGAGAAAGUUCUGUUGAAAUAAUCUUAGGUAAAUUACAUAAUUUCCUUCAUAGCUUCAAGAAACGACGAACAUCUUAAAACUGAGGAAGAAAAAUUGUGUAAUUACAGCAAAGAAAAAAAAUUUUGAAUAAAUGAUUAUUUUUCCAGAAUCGUGAUAUCCGUAUUUAGAAACGUGAGAACAAGCACUCAAAAAAUUUCCACAAGAAGUUUAAAAAAAAAACAAAAAAAAACAACGAAACAUGGUGCUCGUGGAUGAAGGAAGUGGAUAAAACAUUUGAAAAGCACCCCACCCCCCGUCAUGUCACAAUCGUAAUCUCCAUUGUUGAAAAUAAAAGUAAUCCGAAAGAUUUUAAAAAUCUAUCUAUCUAUCUAUAAGCAUAGGCAUACUCAAGCUUUGGUGCACAUUAAAUAUAUUUUUGUGCCAUAAAAUCAUUGUAAGGUUUUUUAAAAAUUACCGAAUUUAUAAUUAGGUACAAUUAACACUACAGGCAUUUUGUUGGAUUUCUGAUUGAACACUUUAUUAGGGAGUCCAACCAUGAUCAUUCCGUCUUUUUAUAACUGAGGGUACAUUUAUCCAGUGUGGGGGAUCUGGUUAUUAUUUCUACUAGAUCACGUAGGGGCUUCUUUAUUGGCUUCUGUGGUAGAACGCUUUAUUCUGCAUUUCCCGAGUGAAGCUCAUUAAGGCUGAUUUCAAUGAAUAAUCCUUUUAUACUAUAGGCACAAGGCCUGAAAUUUUGGGGCAGGCGGCUCGUUGAUUAGAUCGACUUCAGUGCUCAGCCGAUACUUAUUUUAUCGAUCCUAAAACAAUGGUCGACCUCAGCGGCAUUUGAACUCGGAACGUAAGCCAGAAGAAAUGCCGCCAAGCAUUUUGUCCGGUGUGCUAACGAUUUCUGCCAGCUCGCCGAAGCACGUACUGUUUCGAUGUAGGUCUCCACUUACAACUCCGAUGCAUAAUUAGAAGUAUUUGAUACCAGUUGAUGGAUGUUAACAAAAAGAUUUUCUAUUCGUUUGUGUAUCAAUAUUUGAAUAUAUUUGUACAGUCAAUUAGUAUAAGCCAUCCACAAUAUCUGUGGAAAGAAAAGUAUGUGGCUGAGUACCUAUACAUGUGUGAACAUAUUUCUGUUGCAUUUUGCAUAAUCUGUAGCUCGUUCGGCAUAUGAUAGUGCAGGGCGUUGUAUUUAAUAUCCAUAUCAUUUGCCCUCUAGAGAAAAGGGCAGUGCCUAUGAAUAUUUCCAGGAUUUCAGUGAUUGGUGAGAAAGAAGUCUUGGUUCAAAUAUUUGCAAUAGAGUGGAUUCCAUUAUAGUCACUCAAGGGAUAGAUGGUAAUGUUAAUUAAACUCGCUAUAGUCCUCGAACACGAACAGUGCUUUAAACAAGCUACGAUUUCAUUCACAAGCUUUUGGGCCGAUUCAAGGCUAUGGUAGACAGACACCUACCAAAGUUAUUGCGCAGAGGGAUCGAAUUCUAAACCACAUAGUUGCGUAGCUAACUUCUUUGCAGCACAUCUAUUCAUGUGCUUAUUUGUUAAUAAACCAAGAUUUCGAAAGACUAAACGAUAAAAGAAGACUAAAUUCUUUUCUAUUCACUUUGUAAUCAUUGACAAAACAUUAGGAACAACAAAAAAGCAUAUUGUUAGACGUUAGGAAAAUUAACUUGCCGGAUUUCUUAGGCUAGCUUUGAUUUUUCCCCGCCACAGUUGAUAAAAAAGAAGUAUUUAUCUGCUUUGAUAUCAUGUCUGCUAGCACUGCAAAUCGUCUAACAGCUCCUUUUAAAUUUGUGCUUAUGAUUGUAACAAUUAUCAUUUUAAAAGCAGCUGCAUUUAGUUACAUCACUUUGUUCUGACUUCAAAUUUCACCAAGGUCAACUUUGCCUGUCGUCUUUUUCGGGUUGAUGAAAGGAAGUACCAGUACUAGAAUUCUUGGUAUCAAUUAAACCCCUUCCCUACUUAUUUUUAGCCUUGUACCUGUCAUCCCGGAGGGAUGUCAACUACAAGUACUGUGGUCAAAGGUAUCAACUAAGUUCACAUCUCAAAUUUGCUGGUCCUUUGUCUAAAUUGGAAACAACUAUCAUCUUUUUUUAAAGAGAGGCUGCUGAAAGAAUCAGUGAAACAGCGUUCUAUCUAGGUGUAUUUAGUUACGUCUUUUUCUUUAAUAUGCUCUGUGUUCAAAUCCCACCCCGCUGUCGACUUAGUAUUUUCCUUUACCGAGGUGAUUAAACGAUAGAAAUCAGUUAAAUCGACUAUUUACUUCAUUGAAAUGCACUGACAAAUUUUUGCUAAUGUCAAAAAUUAUUAUUAGAGCGACUACCAUAAAGCUUACUUAUAUUCAGUAUACACUCCUUUUUAAUUUUAAAAUCCUGACGAAGUCGAACUUGUUUUUCUUUACCCUGAAAUCGAUAAAAUAAAAUGCUUGGAAAGAACUUGGGUCGGUUUAAUAUUUGUAUAAAGUUUUACAUGGGAUUAUUAUAUAACAAUGAAAGUAAUCAAGCAACGCCAGCAAACCUGAUAUCAAUAGA